AUGGCGAUGCCAGGGCCCAUGCUGGGACCGGGCGGGCCUCCCGUGCAGAGGGUGCAGCCCCAGGCUUUUGGCGGCGGCGGCGGGUACGCGCCCCUGCCAGCAGCAGGAGGUGCUGUUCACCCGGGGCCUCCGCAUCUUGAGCCGUACGGGGGCGCGGGGCUGCACGAGUUUGAGCGCAUUUUCUUCGAGCCCGAAGGGGAGCAGAAGCACACGAAGUGGGUCUACGUCGGCCAGGGUCAGGGCCAGUACGCGCAGCAGGACUACAGGUACGUGGGGGAGGGCGCUGGCGACUACCACAAGGAGGAGGUGGUGAUCCCGCACGGGCGAAAGCUGCGGCAGGAGUGCUUGUGGUGCGUCGCCGCGCUGUGCUGCGCCAUCUUCUCCACCAUUCUCCUCAUCGCUAGCAGCCGCGCCUUCUCCAGCGGUGGCCCCGCCGAGAAGCCUGCGGUGCUGCUGCCCCCUCAGCUGCAGGUGACCUGCAGGGAGCUCCUGCUCUGGCCGGACCGCGACCAGGCGGCCGCGGAGGUGGUCUGCGGCAACUGCCAGGCUCUGGUGGUGAAGACCAACUUCCACAGCUGCAGUGCGUACUGCCACUCGUUCGGGCAGCAGUGCUUCUACGCCGCCCAGGACAAGGUCGACGCAAGCGGGCAUCACUCGGACGGGUGCCAGGUGGAGUCCGAGCUGGAGUGCGAUGGCUUCCAGCCCGGUGACGGCGACAUGAUCUGCGGUUGCAAAGACCCCGACGCCGCCCUGGCGGCGGCAGGCGCGGACGACGAGGUCGUCGGUGACAGGCCCAUGACGGACGAGGAGAGGGACGAGCUCUGCAGCGAGGAUGGCGCCGAUUGCUCGGAGGCCAUGUGCUGCAAGACGGCGGGGCUCAAGUGCUUCAGGAAGGACGAGUACUGGUCCGAGUGCCUGGAGGCCUGCGAGCAGGGAGUGCACGUCUCGGACGAGCCGCAGUACCGGACACCGUGGAAGUGCGAGGACAUCGACCGCAGUGGCCAGGAGGGCUCGGCCCUGUGGAACCGCUGGCAUAACGCCGCCAAUGCCGUGGGCUCUGCUGCAGGGGCAACGUUCGACGCGGCCAUGACGCACGGGUCCAACGCGGUGGACGCCACCGUCGACGCAGUGGACAGCGCGGGCCAGCGCAUACACGAGGCGAAGAAUGCCGCCAGCAGCGUUUUCGACAUCACCGCAAGCGACAUCAGUGACAGCAUCGGCCACCAGGUAAAGAAGGCGAAGAAUGCUGCGAAGAACGCUUCUGGCGAGAUGCUGAACAGCGCCGGCCACCUCGUGAACAAGGCCAAGGAUGCCACUGUCCACCACGCAGAGAAAGCAAAGGACGCUUCUGGCGACAUGCUGAUCAGCGCUGGCCACCUCGUGAAAGGGAACAACGAUGCCGCCACCAGCGCGGCAGAAGACGCCAGCCACGAGGCCAAUGACGACAACCAGUCGAGUGCCGCGGCAGACUCUGGCAAGCAGAUCGGAGGCCAGGCGGCGGAGGCCGUCGAAGGCGCCAACGACUCGGUCGCCGGCGAGCCCGGCAGCGCCACGACGGACCCCGCCGAGGCGCAGGACACGGGGUGCUCCAGGCUGGGCGAGAACUGCAAGGGCAUCGGGUGCUGCGCUGACCAGAACUUCACCUGCUUCGAGCACGGCAGCUACUGGGCCGAGUGCCUGCCAGAGUGCCAGCCGGGCGUCCACGAGUCGGACGCGCCCCAGUUCCGGUCGCCCUGGACCUGCGCCGUCCUGACCAGGGCCUCGCCCGGGGUGCUGCCGCCCGGUUACGUCCUGACGACCUCACCGCCGUUGGCGGAUCAGCCUGCCGAGGAUAGCGAGUUCGAUUGCCGCGUCAAGACGUCGAGCACGGUCUCCCAGUGGAGUCCAGAGCAGAAGAACUGGUGCUGCGAGAACGCCAACGUGGGCUGCCCCCUGUUCAACUGCACCGAAGGGGAGCCCGCCGCGUGGAGUGCAGACCAGAAGGCCUUCUGCUGCGAGACCGCGCAGAAGGGCUGCGAGGGCGACAGCCUGCCCGCGGGCGCCCAGGGCGGGCUGGACCAGCCAGCGGCAGACAACGAGAGCGGCAUGGCCCCCAGCACCCCGCCGCCGACGUUCGACGUGGAAGUCUGUUCCGAGACCCCUGACGAGGACUGCUCGACCACGAAGUGUUGUAAGGACCCCGGGCGGUUCUGUUACGGGAAGAAUGGCGGCGCGGCGGGCUGCCUGACGACAUGCGUGGAGGGCAUGACUGGAGCGGACGAGGACCAGCCGUGGUCGUGCACGCUGGUCGAAGAGUUCAACUGUAGACACGACGAUUACACCCUGGACUCGUACGAGAAGAAGCUGGACUACUGCUGCACGCUACACGGCAUGGGAUGCAACGCCCCGCCGCACGCGUCACCGCCGCCGCUCGCCAACGGCAUCGCCAACGGCAGCACCAACGGCAGCGCCAAUACGACGGUGGACGCUCCGCCCGCGCCGCCGCCGCUCGCCGACUCACCGCCGCCGCUCGCCGACGGCAGCGCCUCUGGCAGCUCCAACGGCAGCGCCAACGGCAGCGCCAAUGCAACGGUGAAUGCCCCGCUGGUGCCGCCAGCCGCGCCGUCGGCCCCGCCCCCGCUCGACGAGGGCAGCGCCAACGGCAGCGCGACGAUUGACGCGCCAGUGCCGCCUGCCGCGGGCGGCUCCGACCCCAGCGCGUUACCGCCGCCGCUCGCCGACGGCAGCGCCUCUGGCAGCUCCAACGGCAGCGCCAACGGCAGCGCGACGGUGGACGCAGCGACUGUGCCGCCGGCCGCGCCGCCCCCGCUCGACGAGGGCAGCGCCAGCGGCAGCGCGACGGAGGAUGCGCCAGUGCCGCCGGCUGCGGGCGGCUCCGACCCCAGCGCGUUACCGCCGCCGCCACCGCUCGCCGACGGCAGCGCUUCUGGCAGCUCCAACGGCAGCGCCAACAGCAGCGCGACGGGGGACGCCCCGCUGGUGCCACCAGCCGCGGGCGGCGCUCCCCUCGCCAUGCAGCCGCCGCAGCUGGUCGCCAACAGCAGCGCCAGCGAAAGCGGGGUGGCGGAAGGCGGCGCCCGCCCCCUUACGCCGCCGCCGCCGCUCGCCACCGACAGCGCCAACAGCAGCGCGACGGCGGACGCCCCGCCGAUGCCGCUGGCCGGGAGUCCCGGGAGCGGCGCCCCCAGCAGUACCACAGGAGGCAGCGCGACCUCCACCGCAGCUGGCAGCACAGAGAGUGUGACAGGCGGGGCAGUCUUGCAGCCGGCGGAGACCCCGUCGGCGGUGCCCUCCGACGUCACGGACGGCAAGCGGCGGCUCGGGCAGCUGCGCGGAGCAGCGGCAGGCGCUAGCGCGUCCGAGGACCACUCCGCUAUGUAG